AGCUUUGUUUGUUGUACAUUUGUAGGUUAACUUCUUGUUUUGUUGUAUUAAAAUAGUUUAAAAUACUUGUAAUUAAUAGAAAUGGACCUAAUACCAGUUCAGGAAAUAUCCCGGUAUUCUAUUGUUUUAAAUAAAAACAUAGAGAGUGGAUUGACCUGGGGAAAAACACCGCUCUCCGUAAUAACGGAUAAAGGCCUAAACUUCUUGGAUUUCUCCUACGAUGUAAAAUGUAUUGAGAAGAAAAUAGACGUUGUGGAGUCCCAAAUAACAUGCCCGAAAACCAGUCCAGCAUCAAAGUUGUUUACACUGGGAAUGACUGCUUCCCCCAUCAGUAAUAUCAAUUAUACACAAAUGCUGAUUGAUCCAACUCUCUGGCCGCACAGUCACGAACUCAUGUCAGAAAUGGCUUCUUUUAUAUCAUUCGAGUGGUCACCUCCUGAAUUCCUCUUUCACAAUGCCUCUAUUGUUGCUACUCUCACAAACAUGGGCAAUAUGGAAUUCUUUGUCAAACGUAGACUUGGAUGGCAAAGCAUACUGUGUUUAUCAAAUUGUAUUGACCAACAUUAUGACCUGAAACCAUCAGAAACGUGUCGUGCUACGAAUGAGAGCUUACUGGAGAUCAAACAGGGUGUCCAGAAAUUACAGACAUGUGCCAUUUGUUGGGGGUCAGCUGCGGACAACUCAUCUUGCUACUUUGUCACUGCUCAGAAGAAUGGGGAUAUACUAUUCUGGUCCAUUAGCACGGAAGAAACAGAGCUAAAUGCCAAAUACAUAACUACAGUGUCUAUAGAUAAAAGUGCUGUUACUACUAUGAAGUGGAUCAAUUUUAAAGACCAGAAGUUUUUAUUAAUUUACUGUAACAUACUCGGACAACUGAACACUGUUCUAUGUGAAUUUAGCAAUGGAACUAUAAAAUUGAUUAAAACAAAUACUUUAUGGAACCAUGAAGACAGAAUGGUAGCAAAAUACAUAACUCAUACAACUGUGAGUGACAAAUUAGUAAUAUUGUACACUAAACACAGACAUUUGGUUGUUCAAGUGCUUGAUGAUGACCAAACAGUUGUUUCAGAGACAUUUAAAAACAUUAAUGACAAUAGAAUCACUUCAUUGCAACAGAAGGGACACACAUUCCUUCUCAGCACAGUGAAUUUCAAGAUUUAUAAAGUGAACAUCUCCCUGUCAGCACAAAAUAUUAGUGUAGAUCUAUCUACAUUUACAAUCAAUGAUAGUAAUUACUACCCAGUAUAUGAUCUAGAUGGAUUUGAUAUGUCCAACAAUGGAGUGAUGUGUGCUCUUGCUAUGUCUGACAAAAGGGUGGCCUCCCGGAAAGAAAACCUAACUGUAACUAUUGCAUUUUUAUGUCUUGAUAUUAAUCAAUUGUCACAAAUAGCACUUUAUAAGAAUUGUAUUAAUUUAAAACAUUAUUGGGAUUACAUAGAGCUAAUCAGAUACUAUGCUGUAAAAUUAAGAAUGUUACCAGAUAUAGAUCUAGACAAAAUGUGUGCCCCUUCGAAAACACAUCUUUUUAGGCUGAAAUUUUACUUAAUACUUCUACAACUGUAUACUAACUUAGAAGAGAACUGGAUCGCUCCUAAAGUAACAUUUCCUGUAACUUCAAUAGAAGAAAUUAAAGAAACAAUCAUGUAUAUGCAAGCUCAAAUAACAGUAGAAUCUUUGUUAACAAAAUAUGAUAAAAAUAAUUGUAAAUUAGAAAGAUUGGAUGAAGAAACUCUAGUGUCUGCUAAAGUGUAUCUAGAAUACUACUGCUGCAAGUACAAAUGUAACCUGGGAGACAUUGCUGAUAUAAGUAAGCUGAACAGAGUCAUUAGUGAUAUAAUUUUAAGUUGUGAAACUUGUGAACAACCCUUAGAAGGAUUUGUAUGUAAGGAGGGUCAUGCUAACAUGUUUUGCUCAGUAACUUUCACUCCGAUUGUAAGUGACGAUUACCUAUUCUGUAAGAGAUGUAAUGCGACAGCAAGAAGUGAACUGUACUCCUUAAAACCUAAAUGUAUAUUUUGUGAUUUUCAUUUACAAAAAAUUUGAUUAGCUGUUAUGAAUGUGAAUUAAAAUUAAAUGGUGGCAUAUCA